CAUACAGUGUCUUUUGUGUGUCUGUCUGCGUGCGUCUGUAGCACUCUACCGCGGCCUUGCGCGUUCUUAGCGAUUUGGUAAUUCUGUGGUUUUCCUCAGUUGACGGCUAGAUGAAGCUGUGACGGGACACAGCCGGUUCAUCUUUCGCGCUGUUUGCGUCAGCUCCCAAAAGCUAGCAGCUUUUUUGCCAGAAGCUGUAGACGAAGUUAAUGGGGUUUUCGACUUGGCUGUUCUGCGGGUGAAAGAUUUGCGCACCGCUGCUGAACACACAGGCUCGAUUUUAAGCAAAAGCGGCGUGUUGUCUGGAGAGAAAUUCUAAACCCUGUCCUCAACAUGUCGGAACUUAGUACGCCUUCGGAUCUACUCCGCUAUGUCCCCACGAGCGUCCAAGACCUCUUCAGGAAUGUUGUGUACUGGGGGUCGAACGACGAAGCUACUCAGAGGUGGAGGUUGCGAGUUCUCAGUAUCGGCGCAGUAGCCGUGGCGGGCGCCGCCUCUUGGGUGUAUCUUAUCUACCCCUUUGUGCAGCACGUGAAAGUGUGGAGCUUGCCCCAGCCGGAGACGUCCACGUGGCUCAACGGCGACAAAAAAGAGCUCGAAAAGCAUGUCCGGAAAGGAGACAAACGACAUUACUUCUCUCGUCUGCGCCAGACAGUGGGGCCUAACUGUUUUAUUCGCCUGCCUCUUCAAUUCUCUCUUGCGUCGUUGACGAAGAAUCCCUUUGGCCUUCUCUUCGUCACCAGUGACUGGAAUGUGAUUAAUGAACUACUGAGGCGGAGCGGAAGCUUGGUGAGGAACCCUGAGUGGGUGCAGGCGUUUGACGUGAUAAGCGACAGCGUAAUCGCCAUCGAAGACGAACAAAGGGCCCGCCUCCACAGAAGAAUUCUCUCGACCUUCACCACCCACCAGGCGACGAAUGGAACGAUGAAGCCUCUUAUGGAUCUCCUCGAGGUCCUUCGAAAAGAGCUCGUCGUUCUUAAUGACGUUCGAGCUGUCGAUGCGCUGCAGCUCACGCGGCUGACGAUGGUUGACUUGUGGCUGGAUUUGCUUACUGGCCGUCAGGGGCUGCACGCAGUUGCUUCAUCGGGUCAUCUUGCUCUGACUCCCAAGAGAGACGAGACAGGUGUCUUGCCCUACAGCACUGUGGACGCGAUGAUGACUACGAGCAGAUUUCACAAAGAGAACUACGAACUUCUCUUCCUCCCGACAGACUCUUCUGGCGCGGCCUGUACAGCCUCACACAGAGCCCUUGUCCGCCAAUACAAAUCUGUGGUCAACGCCACCCCCGUCAUUCUGACGCAGAUGCUGGACGAGACGAAUCAAUAUGCACUCUUGCCCAGAAUCCUCGCAGCUGAAGACUCUGUGACACGCCGUGGUCUAAUGGCGGACGAAAUCCGCGAUACCGCGUCUCUGCUUUUGCUUGCGGCGGAGAACACUGCACUGCCCAUCGUCUGGGCGUUGUACGAGCUCGCGAAAGACCCGCUGCUUCAAGAACGCAUUUACACUGCCACGCGGAUGGAAGACUUGACACUGGUCGACAGCACAGAUCACCUGGUUAGCCAUCUCGGAGAAGUUGUGAAUGUCUUCCUCGAGAGUCUACGGUUUUACGCUCUCCCAAUUCUCUCGCGAAGUGCAUCCAAGGCCAUUCAUCUGAAAUCAGUGGAUUUCUCAAUCCCCGCCGGCACGGUUAUUUUGGUGGACAAUUACUCGCUGACGCGUGAUGAGGUUCUCUGGGGACAAGACGCCAACGUCUUCAAUCCAGAUCGAUUUGUGGGCAGAAUAUGGCAACAGGCCCCUUGGCUGCCUUUCGGAUUUGGCACACGCAAGUGUCUCGGAGAACGACUAGCCGUAGCCCAUGCAGUUAUUUUUCUCGCCUUCAUUGUUCGUCACUUCGCUCUUGACCUAGACGUGAAUUCGAUGCCCCCGGAGCCAAUGGAACGUCAGUUCCUCACUCCCGACAAGCCUGUCAUGCUUCGUUUCAAACCUCGGGCGUAGGGAAAGAAAGGAAUCUAGAAGACAUCGAAAUGACAUAGCGCAAGUGAAUCGCCGUUCUGUGACACGGCCGGGAUUCUCAAACCUUAGAAAAGGCUGGUGCUGGAGUCAUUAUGAUGGCAGAAGAUUCAGAGGAAAGAACCACAGGCAGCAGGCCGUGGGUGUUCGCAGAACGAUUGGAAAAGCGUUUGCCUUUUUGUGGAGUUUUUCUAACCAUUGUUUCGUCAUAAGUUUUCGUUUACUAUGGGCCUCUUGGACUCCGUGGCUUGUGACACUUUGCGUUUGCUUUACAAAUGCCCAGUACGUGGACAGUUUACUGGCUAGACAAAAGGUCUGUGCCGUACCAGAAGUGGAUGACAGAUGCACUUUUCAUGUUGAGCAUCUUUGUCAGGUCUAGAUUCUGUUCCUCGUUCCCUGUUGUCACUUUUGAUCCUCUGUCUUAUCCUGUUUUGCUAAAGAAAAAAUUCACGCAUCUAAUUGCGUGUUUAACUUCAUUCUCGGUUGGACAGAAAACUGAUACUUUUGGAUAGAUAUAUCGAUGAGCACGUGAGAGGGAAGAGCUCGAGGAGGUGUGCAUUCUGUAGGGAAUCACGGAUCUAAUUUUUAUUUCGUCUUUUGCGUGUUGAGUUUUUGUUUGUUUUUCUGUUUUUUCGGGCGGUAAUAUCAAGAAAGGCAGGUCGAUUGGCGUAUUCUGUUUAUGAGCCACAAGGGGGUGUUGCUCACCUGCGGCAAACUGCCUGCUGCGCCACGCGCGAACAAGGCUUUGCACGUGUCGCUUUCAUGAAGAAGCAAUUUGAUGGCUUCUACAUGAAACGGUAGCUAUCGCAUGCAACUGAAAGCCAUUGUGGUGAUCCAGAGUACAACUCUUUCCGUUGUAUUCGAUUAUGGUGCCCUCGGAGCGUACUCGUGAAAGUCCCGCAGCCGGUCUAUGGCUUUUCUCUCCCAGCCUUUUUUCUUCU